AUGGAUCCCAAAGGCUGGUGUGUAGAACUAAAUGAUGGCCACUUCAUUCCUGUACUGGGAUUUGGCACAGCUACAGUUGAAGAGGUUCCUAAGAACAAAGCUACGGAGAUCACCAAAGUAGCUAUAGAUGCCGGGUUCCGCCAUAUCGAUUCUGCUUAUUUUUACAAAAAUGAAGAGGAGGUUGGACUGGCUAUCCGAAGCAAAAUUGAAGAUGGCACUGUGAAGAGAGAAGAUAUAUUCUAUACUUCAAAGCUUUGGCUCACUUUCCUUCGACCAGAGUUGGUUCAACCAGCCUUGGAAAAGUCUCUGAAAGAUCUUCAACUGGACUAUGUUGAUCUCUAUAUUAUUCAUUCUCCAGUGGCUCUGAAGCCAGGGGAGGAACUAUUUCCACAAGAUGAAUGUGGAAAAGCAAUGUAUGACACAGUGGAUCUCCGUGCCACAUGGGAGGCUAUGGAGAAGUGUAAGGAUGCAGGACUGACCAAGUCCAUCGGGGUGUCCAACUUUAACCGCAGACAGCUGGAGAAGAUCCUGAACAAGCCAGGGCUCAAGUACAAGCCCGUCUGCAACCAGGUGGAAUGUCAUCCUUAUCUCAACCAGAGCAAACUAUUGGAUUUCUGCAAGUCAAAAGACAUUGUCCUAGUUGCCUACAGUGCUUUGGGAUCUCAACGUCCAAAACAAUGGGUUGACCAGAACUCCCCGGUUCUCCUGGAAGAUCCAGUUCUUUGUGCCAUGGCAAAAAAGUAUGAGCGAACUCCAGCACUGAUUGCCCUUCGCUACCAGGUACAGCGCGGGGUUGUGGUCCUGGCCAAGAGUUACAAUGAGAAGCGGAUCAAAGAGAACAUGCAGGUUUUUGAAUUCCAGUUGACUUCAGAGGACAUGAAAGUCCUAGAUGGACUAAACCAAAAUCUUCGAUAUUUUGGUUCCCAAAUUUUUGCUGACCACCCUGAGUACCCAUUUUCUGAUGAAUAUUAAGGUGGAGACCUUUGCCCUGACUUCUACCAGAAGCCCCGCAUGUGGAUAGUGAUGCGGAAAAUGUCUCAGAUGUUGGGGAUUUGGCUUCUCAGAGUGGGUCCCAUCCAUGCUGCUUAGCAACUCGUACUCGGCAAGAGUUAAGUCCAUAGGUCAGGAAGGAAAGACACUCUAUUUUAAUCACUUUCUGUAAAAAGUAAAGAUUUUUCUCCCUAAAGUCUCUUACCUACUCCAGUCAAUAUUUUGUAUAUUUUCCUUCCUUCUGACUCAUUAGAACCAAAAACUGAU